CAAUAACCGAGGGCGAAAGGGAAAGCUCGGAACCCCGUUUAAUAAUAAUAACUGCUGCUGGUCGUGUGUCAUACCCGUUUGACCCGUUGGGGUUUAUCACACCUACUUUCCAGGAUCAACGACCCUUUUUUUUCUCCUUCUCUGCUUUCUAAUCGAGCUACUGAUCGUUUGACAAAGCCUUGUGCCCUCGGCGCCCGCUGAGAGGAGAGAGAGGGAGCAUACGACCCUAUCCACAGUAUGCGUUGCUGACGACUGUACUCCGUAAACACAUGUCAUUAGUCGGUACUUGUGUUCGUUCGGCAUCGAUUGAUCCAUGCGAUAAGCGAUAAGCGGGCGAUAAGUGAGACGCGAGAUUGACUGAGUGAUAUUGUUAAGUGAGCGAGCAAAGCAUCCCACCUUUUCCGAAGAGAAACCUCAAAACGAAAGUUCGCAAAACACACCAAGCGGGGACAUUUGUCGCAACGAUCAUCGCAUUACGACAAACAUUGGAUAACGGUGGUCAGAGAGCACUAGAAGAAGAAAAGGAAAAGACGGACAUUCAAGGACGAAGACGAAGGCGAAGGCAAAGAGUUGACACUCUCGAUAUACAUCAUCCCUCACACCACCACCACCACCACCUCCUCCUCCUCUACAUAUUGCAACCAUACCUCGCCCGUACACACGAGUCGCAUCGGCGCAAUAUAACCCUUAACCCGCGGUAUCAUAAUUAAAACGACCUGCGGCCCCUCUGUGUCGAACGAGUUCAGUGUUCGCCUUGUUAUCGAUAGUGGCGCAUAAGACACCGCUCGAUUGAUCCUGGAACUAUUGGAGGAGACCAGGACCACAGAACAUUAUACCGCGAACAGAUCUACGAAAAAAUAAGCAAGACUCACAAAAAAAAAGGCCGAGAAGAUAGGAUUGACGAGUCUGUAUAUACUCGAGUGAAUAUACGUAUACACAUACACGCUCUCGCGGGCGCACACGAGAUGGGUGACGCAGGUCCACCGACACCACCGCCGGUGUUGGUUCAAGAUCGUCCUGGAAUAGAUACGAUCGAGACACCAGAUGAGUCACCUCUGAAGGAAGUGAGGGUACUGGUCACCGGGUUCGGGCCAUUCAAAUCAUUUUUGAUAAACCCGUCAUGGCUCAUCGCCUCGGCACUACCGGAUGACCUCCCCCCGCCCGCCACCACUGCCACGUCGGGCAAAGGCAAAUACAAAAUCAAACUCGUCAUUCAUCCGUCGGCCAUUCGCGUUUCGUACUCGACCGUGUCGGAGACCGUGCCGGAACUCAUACGUCUACACGACCCGGAUUUCAUCUUGCACAUCGGCAUGGCCGGAGGGCGGGAUUGUUAUUCCCUCGAGACCCGUGGCCACAGGGACGGGUACCGGAUAAAAGACGUGGACAACCUGGACGGGUAUCUCUGCGGAGAGUGUAAGUGGAAACGUGACGGGGUGCCACCGUUACUCUACGGCAUGUGGGAUGAAGACGACGUGUUGAGGAGGUGGGAGGUUGGCGUACAGAAAGAAUUGGUCGCGAGAGGGUUUUUGGGUUCUGCGGGUGUGGAUGAGAAUGAGAUCAAAAAGACGUCAAAAACUGAGGGUGGUGAUGCGACGAGUACAAAGACAGAAACAGAAACAGAAACGGAAACGGGUACAGGUACAAACUUUGUAUGGGGGAACAACAGCCAGAAUACAAGUGUCGAGAAGGCGAAUUCGAAUGCCAGUGUCACGGGACGAAGGGCAGAAGAGAAUCGUAAAAGGGCGGUGGUGAAGUUGUCGAAGGACGCUGGAAGGUUCUUGUGUGAGUACGCCUUGUUUGAGAGUUUGAGUUAUAGAUGGAUGGAGGCGGAGAAGAAGGAGAAGAAGAAGAAGAAGAAUCGACCUACGGGACCGCGGGAUGAGGAUCAGCAAGAGCAAGACGAGGACAAGGUACGAGAGAGACUUGGGAAAGUGGCAUUUUUGCAUGUCCCAGGAUGGACGGGAGUAGAGGACAUCAAUCGUGGAGUCAUGAUAGCUGAAGAGGCCAUCAAGGCGCUGAUAGGAAGUUGGGAGGAGGGGGCAAGAAGAAAGACAGAAAGUGAUGGGAAGAGUGUUUCCACGUUUACGACUCAGAAUAGCGAAGUGCAAUGAUGAUGAUAUUAUGAGAUGUUUUGUCAU